AUGUAUGAACGUUACACCACUGAUCUAGUUGGAACGUUUGGGGAGUAUACUGCUCGCGUUCGGUGGCCUACUAUCAUCCAAAACUCCAUUGAUGCAGUGACGGAUGAGACGCGCCCAAACAAAGAGGCCAUCCUAGAGGGUUUUAAAGGACUUCUAGAUGAGGUCGAUGCUGGUACACCGCUUAGGAAGUUUACAGAUAAGGAAAUUAAGGCCGGAUCGCUCUCUUCCAAAUUCAAUGAGUUUGUAGAAAACCAAAGCUGGAAACGGGCAGAAUGGCUGUCAUGUGAGAUUUAUCUAUAUGCAAGGCUUUACGCCAUCGUUCGAUUACAGAGUGGCUGGGAAGAUUUCGAUGUGUUUGACGUUGUUAAGCGCAAGACGUUCAAGCAAUCGGAGCACGGUGUGGUUGAAUUGGCCCUCUGGCAACAAAAAUUGGGAGGCAAGGAGAAGAUCGGCAAGCUUUCAAAAGAGGAAUUGCAUCUACUUUUUAUUGAGUAUCUAGAAGUCUCAUUAUGGGGCAAUGCGACAGAUCUUUCUCUUCUUACCGAUCUGACUUUAGACGACAUCCGUGCAAUUCAGGGCGAGGCGGCCAGAGCAGCGGCCCGCAAGCGGAUAAUAGUGGAUCAUUCUGAGAGGGCAUGGGAGACGUUGACCUCUAGUGAAGGCAAAAAGCGCGUUGAUUUUGUGCUGGAUAAUGCCGGCUUUGAAUUGUAUGCUGAUCUGGCCUUCGCUAUUUUCCUUCUAGACGCGGAUCUGGCUGACAAGGUGGUUAUGCAUGCCAAGACAACGCCAUACAUGGUCAGUGACACUAUGGUAAAGGAUUUUUAUCAAUUAAUUGAUGACUUAAAGAGCAAUGAGUUUUUUGCUUGCGAUGGAAGUGACGGACAUGAUCCUGUGGCUGCCAGAUCUUCUCUCAACUAUAUCGCUUCACGUGUAACUGCCGCUGUGGUUAAUGGUAAGCUGAAAGUUCGCGACCACUCUUACUGGACCGAACCAGAGGAUUUCUGGUCAAUUGUCCCGGGCCACGAGGUGCACUCUGAUCUCAGCAACUCUGCUUUGGUUAUAUUCAAGGGUGAUCUCAAUUACCGUAAGCUGACUGGGGACCGUAUAUGGCCUCCUGAAACACCAUGGACAGAGGCUAUUGGUCCUCUUGCUACGAAUGGACUGAAAAUACUCAGCUUACGUACUUGUAAGGCGGAUGUCAUUGCUGGUCUUGAACCUGGUGUAGAUGAGGCCCUUAGUGCCGAGUGGGUAAAAAAGGGCAAUGAACACGGUUCAUGGUGGAAAAGCUCAGGAAACUGGGCAGUCAUCUGCUUUUCAGAUGGCAAAGGUAAGUAA